ACGGGGAAUCAUGGCAGGCAAGUCAACCCAGUCGAGAAGGAGUCGGCACGCAAGGGAACAUCGACGGCUGCCAUAAGAGAGAGACUAAUGCAUAGCGUGUCGAACAGUAGGGACGAUCAUCAUGUCUACUCUGGCGACGUCAACAUGUACGACGAAGUAGGCAAACCAUCCCUCAAGGAAGAAUACGAGUCUGCACCCGUACCCGCCUUGCCAUCCCACCUAGACCCAUCUUCACAGGAACAGUUUGGAGAAACCGAGGCCACCUUGCCUUCCUACCUGCAACCAGCCUUCCGAGAGCAGUUUCAGGAAGUCGAGUGGGCGAUCGAGGCUCUGCGCAGGGAGCACGCGGUGCGUAGCGAGGCCAAAGAAGCGGGUCGGAAUGUGAAUGUGCCAUCGUCUCGGGGGAACCAGGUGCGCAGGCCCAGGGGAGGGAGGCCCUCUCAGGAUGUUCGCGGCUACCGUCCUGUGCGCACGGGUGUUACUUUUCAUCUUCGUGGAAGUGAAAGUUACGGGUCGGGUAUGUCCGGCCUGUCGGGUGCGGGUUCCGGCGGAUUCAAGCGCGAUUCCUCCAUGGACGGGGGCUAUUACUAGUGCUCAUGCGGACGAGAUGUUGGGGAGGAAUAAGAAACCUCUUGGGCUUGAUCGCAAAGAGAGACGAUAGCUCGUCACAGUGUCACUAGUGUAUAUCAAGCAGGGAAUUCGGGCAGAGAUCCUCGGGCACGUGGGGGUGUCUUUGCUUCUCGGACAUACGUUGUAGUGUGCAAAUCAGAUAGGGGGUCAAUGAGACCUGGUGAUAAAAAUGGUCAUGAGAACAAGUGACGAGUUGACUGAGAAAGGAUACGAAUGUGGCUUUAAAGCGAGGUCG